AUGCCGCGUGGCGCGCCGAAGUGUCUGAGCAGGCAGCGUGACGUCGCUGAGAUGCUAUUCAUUAGAGCAAUCAUCGGAGCGCCCGGACCCCGCCGUAUUCGCAUCAACGUGUCUUCGGGAAGGCAUUCUCACAAGAGCCGCCAUGAGGCCGAUCACGCAUGCCAUCAAUCGAUCGUUGAACAUUGUGUAGAGGCGCGGGUCGGGGUUCGCGGCCGUGGGCACGUGCUCGUGCGUCCCGAAUUAAUUCGCCGCUCCCUCGCGCACCAGCGGCCGCCUAAAGAGAUUAAUACGCGGUGCGUGCCGGCCGACAAAUCGUCCGGGACGGCACUAAUUCGCUUUUAUGACAUGCCAAAUUGCUCCCGA